GCAAUGACAAAAAGGAACACACUGUGAACAGAGGAUUUGAUUUCCUAGGAUGCCUGUGAAGUGGAUGUCUGUUCUGCUGCUCCUGCAGAUGAGUUGCUACUUCAGAUCUGGGAAUUGUGGGAAGGUGUUGGUAUGGCCGAUGGAAUUCAGUCAUUGGCUGAAUCUGAAGAUAAUACUGGAUGAACUUGCACAGAGAGGUCAUGAAGUGACAGUUCUGAGACCUGCAUCUUCUAUUUUUGUUGAUCCCCAAAAAUCACCUAGCCUGAAGUUUGAGACUUUUCCCACAUCUCUCAGUAAAGACGAUCUGGAAAAGUAUUUCAACAAGUUUGUGGAUGUAUGGACUUAUGAAGUACCAAGAGAUACAUGUUUAUCAUUCUCUCCUUUGCUACAAAACGUGUUUGAUGAAUUUUCUGAUACCUAUCAAAGUAUUUGUGAAGACACAGUUACAAACAAACAACUUAUGACAAAAUUACAGAAUUCCAAGUUUGAUGUCCUUUUCUCGGAUGCCAUUGGCCCCUGCGGGGAGCUGAUAGCUGAACUUCUCCAGAUCCCUUUCUUGUACAGUCUUCGCUUCACUCCUGGUUAUACAAUGGAAAAGUACAGUGGAGGAUUAACACUCCCGCCCUCCUAUGUACCUAUGAUUCUGUCAGGAUUAGGUGGGCAAAUGACAUUCAUGGAGAGGGUGAGAAAUAUGAUAUGCAUGCUUUAUUUUAACUUUUGGUCCCAGACAUUUAAUGAGAAGAAAUGGAGUCAGUUUUACAGUGAAACUUUGGGAAGGCCCACUACCUUAGCUGAGACAAGAGGCAAAGCACAAAUGUGGCUCAUUAGAUCCUAUUGGGAUCUGGAGUUUCCUCACCCAACUUUACCAAAUGUUGACUAUGUUGGAGGACUCCACUGCAAACCGGCAAAACCUUUGCCUAAGGAAAUGGAAGACUUUGUCCAGAGCUCUGGAGAGCAUGGUGUUGUGGUGUUUUCUCUGGGGUCAAUGGUCAGAGACAUGACAGAAGAAAAGGCCAAUGCAAUUGCGUGGGCCCUUGCCCAGAUUCCACAAAAGGUACUUUGGAGAUUUGAUGGUAAAACACCAGACACCUUAGGACCCAAUACCAGAGUCUACAAAUGGCUCCCCCAGAAUGACCUUCUAGGUCAUCCAAAAACCAAAGCCUUUGUAACUCAUGGUGGAGCCAAUGGCGUCUAUGAGGCGAUCCAUUUUGGAAUCCCUAUGGUUGGCAUUCCUUUGUUUGGAGAACAACAUGAUAAUAUUGCUAACAUGGUGGCCAAAGGAGCAGCUGUUGCAUUAAAUAUUAGAACAAUGUCAAGGUCAGAUUUGCUCAAUGCACUGGAGGCAGUCAUAGAAAAUCCUUCCUAUAAAGAGAAUGCUAUGUGGUUAUCAACCAUUCACCAUGACCAGCUCGUGAAGCCUCUGGACAGAGCCAUCUUCUGGAUUGAGUUUGUCAUGCGCCACAAAGGAGCAAAGCAUCUGAGGCCACUUGCGUUUAACCUCACCUGGUACCAGUACCACUCUCUGGAUGUGAUUGGAUUCCUGCUCGCCUGUGUGGCAGCCAUGGCUUUCCUUGCCAUAAAAUUCUGCUCAUUCAUUUAUCAAAAGUUUAUAAAAAUGGGAAAGAAAAUGAAGAAUGAGUAGAUCUCAUUGAGAAUGUACUACAUGAGCUAUAUUUCAGCAUCAUUCUAAUUUAUGAACUGCCUUCCAAAUAUUCACUGAUUAAUUUAUCAAGUCAUAUCUUCUUUGGAGAGACAAAAGGGAAGGGGAAAAUAAUGUAAUUAUAUUAUAAUCUCAAAAAAUAAAAACCGUAAUUAAAAGGGAAAAGCUGAGCAAGCUAUAAGGAACAAUAUGGUAAGCAAAGUUCCUCCAUUACAUCUGCUUCAGUUCUGCCUUCUGAUUCCUGUCUUUAACCUCUGACCUACUUUUCCUCAGUUAUGGACAUGGAGCUAUGAGAUGAAAUAAACCCUCUGCUUUCUCAAAUAAAAAUGAAUAUUUUGAAAAAAUUCAAACAAAGGAGAGGCCUGGGCCUGGGCAGGGGCAGGCACCACUAUGAUGAGUAAAUACGUGGUGGAGAGACAGGAGAGGAAGAGAAGUGGAAGCAGCUUGUGCUCUAUGAAGAGAGGCAGAACUGCAGACGUGAAGGCAGCAGGAAACAACCCCAUGUGAGAGGCCUGCACUGCCACCUGAGGUCAUGGUGGUAUCUGUGAUGCCACAGAGGGCCAUAUCUGGGUCGGUGGACUUUCUGUAUCAGGGGUCUGUGUCAGUGUUCAUGGUGAUGUGGACCUCCUUGGUCUGGCUGCCAUUUGAGGCCAGGUUAAUGUCUGAGUACUGUGCUGAGCUGGUCCAACCACUCACCAGUCACCACACUGUAGCACCAUUGGUGACAUGAGCACAGAAGAGAAGACCCUGCCCCCUUGCCUGGGCAGUGUGGGAGAGCUGGCUCCAGAUGAGGUGUGGAAGAGCUAUCUCAUAACUUGGUAUGGGAGAGCUGGCCCUGCCCCUCAUCUGAGCAGUGUAGAUGAGCUGCCCCAGGUAGCAUGGGCACAGGAGAGACAGCCCCACUCCUUGCCUGGGGACUAUGGGAGAGUUGGCUCUGAUGCCACGGGCAAGGGAGAGCUGGAGGGCUGAUCAACUCAGUUACCACCCAGGCCCAGAUGUAGGGCUUUGAGCUGGCCCAUACUACCAUUUAUGAACUGCUGGAGUUCACGAAGGGCCUGGACCUGCAGAACCAAAGUUGAAGGAUCUCCAUGACACAGGGCAAAAACAGGAUAUCCUAGAGGAGUUGUAGUGAGGAUCCAGUACCAAUAGUGUAGCAGAAGCCAGAGGCCCUGAACCAGACCAAUGACUCAUUGUAAUCAGCAUUUACUAGUAAGCUGUUUGUACAAAAGUGUAUACUGUAUGAGACACCAUGGCACACUGCAGCUUCUACCAUGAGAUUUUUUUUGUAAUUUUAAUUUCUUUUGUGUGUGUAUGGUUGAGUUAUAGGGGUGGAAGGUAGAUAUGGAAGGACUGGGAAAUGAGUGGGAUUGGGGUGCAUGGUGUGAAAUUCACAAAAAAAUCAAUAAAAAAUUAUUGGAAGAAAUUUGGACAAAGAAAUCAACCAUACUCUAUUAUGAAAUAACGGUGUGAAAAAAACUGAAAAGAGUAAUGACCUCAUCCUGUCCUACCUUCUCAUAUUCGUAGGUGUCAUGAUUACAGCUGGAUGUUGAGUAAUUACAUGUAUAUGAGUGAGUUAGAUCAAUGAUUAAUUAAAAAAAACUAUAACUGAAAAAAAUCAUAUAUUUUAUCAUAAUAUCAUAUUGAUAAUUGCCUCAGAAUAGGAAAAGCAGACAAGGUGAAGUGGAAUUGAAGAAAAGAAUGAAAUUGUAUUGUAAAAGAGGGGGGAAAUGUAAAUAAAAUGUACUCUCUUUUUUGUGAAAAUGCUUGAAGAAAGAAAGUUCUAUAUUUAAUAAAUUUGGAAAUACACUCUCUGGCAAA